AUGGCAACAGCGCACGCGCUCUCGGGCGGCGUCCCCCGCGUCUGCUUCACCAAAGAGCGGCGGCGGCGCUUCGAAGCCACGAGCGACGACCUCGUCGAGCGCGCGCUCCGCGUGUACCAGGAGUUCCACCAGAGUCGGCCGCGCGGAGCGCCCGCGAGCGCCGACGAGCGCGCGAGCCACUGGAAACUCGUCAAGCGGAAGAAGUCGCUCAACCUCUACCGCCAGCGGGCCACGGGGCUCCCGGCAAAGUACGACGAGCGCACGUUCCUCUGCAGCGGCGUCAUGCCCGGGACCGUCGAGGAUAUGGUCAGUGGCGCGUACGCAGACGAGACAGAGAACAUGCGCAUUGCGACGAGCAUCAUGACGAAAAACAUGUGCCUCGACGCGCGCGUCGUGCACGUGUUCGAGCGCGACCCCGUGAGCAGCAGCGUCGUCUUCUCCGGCAUCAAGUGGGUGGCGCUCAAGACGCCCAGCAGCGCGUCGCUCAUCCACGACCGCGACGUGCUCUUCUACAACCGCCUCGGGCGCAUCGUCGACGGCCACGGGCGGUACUUUGUCUACUGCGUCGUGGACUCGGUCGAGCUCGACGAAGUGCCGGCCGAUAGUCAGCCCCACCUCAAACGGGGCACGAUUUCGCUCUGCUACCUCUUUCGACAGGUGCAAGAGGAGCUCGUGGGCUGCUUUGUCCUUGGCAACUCGUCCAUGGGCGGCACGCUCCCGCGCAAAGUCGGCGACCACAUCACGGCCGAGCGCAUGCUCUCCGUGGGCAACUUCCUCCACGUGGCGCGCGCGAAAGCGUACUCGGCCCGAGCGGCGCAAAGCGCCGACCGCCUGCUGUCCACGAGCACGUCGUGCGACGUGUGCAUGAAGAAACCCACUCUGCUCAGCGGGUCGUUCAAGUUUUGCUUGGGCUGUCGCCGCAACACGUGUCGAAAGUGCCACGAGUGGUGCACAGUCUUUCGACUGGACCUGCACUCGCAGAAACCCGGGCGAGAGCGCUUCUGCAGCCAAUGCAUCUCGGACGUGACGCGCUUGACGAGGUCGAGCUUUUAUAUUUGCAGCCUCAACGAGUCCGUCAGCACGAGCAAUAGCCAGCACCAGAACCCCACGCCGAGCGGCGGCAACACGGGCUACCCCACGUCCACGUCCAUGUCCACGUCCAGUGCAAAGCAGCGCAACAGUCCAUUGACGUCGUCGCAGUCGCAGGAGUACUCGGAGGUCGACUCGGACGCGUGGAUUCCAGCGCCCGCAGACAUCUCGGAGAAUCUCGAUGGCCUCGCGAGUUUCGUCGAGCGCGCGAGUUUGGCCAAUGACCUGGACAUGCAGUGGAACCAGGACGAGCUCGACUACUACUCGGACGUGUUGCGGGAGUCGGGGCACUUUUCCUCUUCCCAAGUGUUCGACCGCAGCGCUUUUCACAGCAGUCGACGGGUCCAGAGCUCGACAAAAGCCUGUCCCAUGAGCAGCUCCCUCCCCGUGCUCAGUCACGACAAAUUCAGUGGCAGGAUCUCUCGAAGCUGUGCGGCAGACGAUAGCGUAGUGCCCCUUCAGAAAUGCUUUAGCGUCGACGAACUCGACUGA